AUGGAAUUCAUCACCAUCUUAUUUUGGCUGAUUGUGAUAGUGGUUAUUCUUGGCAAGCUCAAGAAACAAAAACAAUCUUCUACAACAAAUUCUGAUUCGAGUGAUCCUUCAAGCCUUUCUUUCGGAGAUGAUUAUACCUCAAUUGAGGAAGUACAAGACGCUUUGAGAAAAACCGGAUUAGAAGGAUGUAAUAUGAUCAUUGGAAUUGACUAUACCAAAAGUAAUGAAGAACAAGGCAGAUACAGUUUUGGUAAUCGGAAUCUACAUUCCAUUGAUCCUGUCGGAGAUAUCAUCAACCCAUAUGAAAAAGUCAUUAGUAUCAUUGGAAGAACAUUGGAAAAGUUUGAUGAUGAUAAAUUAAUUCCUGUCUAUGGUUUUGGAGAUGAUCGUACGAGGGACGUGGCCGUAUUUCCCUUCACUCCAAAUAAUGAACAUCGUCCUUGUUUUGGAUUUGAAGAAGUUUUACGAGAAUACAGAAGAAUUACUCCACAUUUGAGGUUGAGUGGACCUACGAACUUUGCACCUCUCAUUGAAAAAGCUAUUGAAACUGUGAUGGAAAGUGGAAGAGGUCAAUAUCACAUUUUAAUUAUUAUUGCAGAUGGUUUGGUUGUGAAUGAAAAAGAGACACGAGAUGCCAUUGUGAAAGCAAGUGAUUAUCCAUUGUCUAUUGUCAUGGUUGGUGUUGGAGAUGGUCCAUUUGACACCAUGCAUGAUUAUGAUGAUAAUUUGCCUGAGAGAAAGUUUGAUAACUUCCAAUUUGUGCAUUGGGAUGAGAUUGCCAAGAUGGCACGCGAAAAGAGAAAAUCAGUCGAUGCUACAUUUGCAUUACAUGCCUUAAUGGAAAUUCCUCAACAAUAUAAUGCCAUCAAGAAGCUUGGCCUCAUUGGAAAGAAGAGUCCUACCUAUAAUCCAAACUUUCAACCAAACGUGACGCCAAAUUUUGAGCCCUUCUAUCCAAAACAACAUUCUUACUAA